AUGAAGUCUGUUGGAUCAACAUCUUAUGGUAGCAGUGGUAGUUACGAUGGUUCAUCAUACGGCAAAAGUGGUAGUUAUGGCGCAACUGAUGCAUUUGAAUUAACUGGUCUACCUUAUGGUCUUCAAGCAACAGGCGAAUAUCUUAACUAUUAUCCAGAAAAACUUGAUCUAUCUAAAUGCGGACCUCAACCACCGAAAAAUCCAUGUACACUCAAUAGUCUACAAUAUUAUCCAUUACCUGGUUAUCCACAUUGUUACAUUCAGUGUUCAUUUGAACACAUGUUUGUUAAGCCAUGUCCACCUGAGCUUGUUUGGAAUGCACUCAUAAAUGUUUGUGAUUGGCCAACAGCUCCUUAUUCAGCUGAUGAUAACAGUUAUGGUUCUUCAUCCUAUAGUAACAACAACUAUCAAAGUGGAUCAUCUUAUUCAUAUGGACGAAAAAAACGUUCGACAAUUGAACGCAAGAAACUAUUCAGACAUGGUAAUCCAUUCCCGUCUCUAACUAAAUUGGAUGUACCCUUAGGUCCAUCUGUUCCAGGUGUUGUUCCGUUACCGGGUUUUACCGGUCCUAUUUGA